UAACACGACAAGGUCGAAAAGGUAUGUAGCCAGCUCGCCGUCAGCAGCUCGGCUUCUUGUCUUUUUUCCGUUUCAUAUCGCUCAUUGGCGUGCGGGUGUGUUCGUCGUCUGAGCCCACUCCUCUUGAUAUCCGACUAGGUCUUUUAAAUGACCAACCUGCUAUGAGUGGUCAAGUGAAGGAGUAUUCAGAGAUCAGAGUAGAUGCACAAUCAUGUCAGCGGUGGGGUUAAUGCUUCUGGAGGACCCCAAGGCGCGAGCUCGGGCGGAGGCUCGGGCGGAGGCUUUGAUACGCGCUGGCAAGACCGGAAGACGCACACUGUUCGGUCGUUCGGUGGGCACGACAAGCAAGGGCCGCACACCCGCCCUGCCUCCGACCAUCCCUGACGAAGGGGUUGGGGACGACCCAGUCAUAAUUCGACCCAGCACCAACAUGAAUCUGGUACUUCCUUUCUUGACCAAAAAGAAGGUCGAGUCUUCCGAGCGCAGCAGCAGUCGAGCAUCUACGUCUGGCCGGCAGGACUCGAUCAGCCAAUCGUCCAUCAAAUCUGGCAGGUCGUCCGCCAGUAGCAAGAUUUCUACACCUCUGUCAUUCAAGUCUCACACAACGAGCCAUGGACAGAGCAACGAACAUGCUACGACCUCUGACGUACUCCCACGCAGCACAGCUCAUCAUGCCAAAGAAACCAGCAAUCUGCCACAGGAGCAGGUGAACCUAGGAGAUCGAGGGCAUACUACGGCCCCUGUCCACACGCGCCCUGUCUCGCCAGUCAGCGUGAAUCCGCCUUCCCUACCUGUGGCCGCCCGCCUGAGCAGGUUUGACGAGGCUAUGUUCAAAGAAGUGCCGGAGACUGGUUUCGACCCUGACGCAAGUGCAGAACAAGUAUUAUUUUCUAGACAGGCUGUCAGAGGCUCUAAGAAUGCAUCAGAAAGUCGCUCAUCGGACGGAGGAUUCGACUCUGAUGCUCUCCGAAUAGGCGUGAGAAAUGGUCAGGCGCCAACAUUGUGGCAGGAAUCCACGCCGAAUUCGUCGAGACGGUCAUUGCAUCAGAGGCCUCGACAGCAGCCAACAGCAAGGGCCUCGGACUCUUCCCUCGAUUCGUCGGUAUUCGGAGUCAACGCGUGUCUGGCAUUACACACACCGCAGUUGCUCGUGGAUGAUACGAACACGAACACUCGCGCGUCUAGAGUGACUGGCCCGCAUCAGCCACUGUCGUUCUCCAGUGAGGUGCGAGAAUCGAUGGUGUUCGCCGAUUCUACAUGGGAAGAGGACAUUGACUUUGUCUACGAGCAUGGCGCAGAAGCGGUGUGUGACUGGGACUUCAUCCCCCGCAAAAGUAGCGGCGUAGGACGACAGUGGCCCGAACCUUCCGUGUCCGGAGAAGCUGCAUCGGUUUUGAGCGAUACCAGCCGGCGCGAUAGCCGUACAUUGAGUGUGGCCGACGCUGUGACCGACCAGCGACAUGCAAACAAACGCAACGAAUACAGGCGCGCUCCGUCCGUAGGCCACCGCGGGUUCGCAGCGGCGAGAAAUAGUGCCGAGGAGCGCACACUGGGGCAACAACCAUCGGACGCUUCGAAAGCGACGCAGUUGGGGGGGAAAGAACCAAGAUCACCGGAUGUCGGUGGAUCCAGAGACAAUGCCGACAAACUUGAGCAUCGGCGCAAUAGCUCGAAUCAUCGAAAGUCGGGUUCCUUCGAUUCGACGCAGAGCUUUUCACGGAAUUCGGUCGCAGCACCUGUCGAUAGCCGGGGAAAGCGAGAAUCAUCGCUCCUCAAACAGACCAUUUCAGCACCGAUGGAAGGCUCUCCGCAGACGAAGGACGGAGAGGCGGAGGAGGUCAUUGAAGCCUUGCCCUCCCUGGAAAGCGCACCGGCCGCGGAGGCGGAGGAGGUGUUCAUGCUACGUCGGCCGCGGACGUCUGGGGAGCGGAGACUACUGCAAGCUGCUGGGCGGCAGCGUCAUCGGCCUAACCCAUCGAACGGAGGGUCUUCACCGCUGAACACGCGAGCGCCGGUCGCAGCAACGCGUGUGUGGAUGUGAACGGAGGAUAGGGACGUGAUGAAUAUGUAAACUUACGAGAACUCAAUCCAUUUGCCAUGUGUGAAGAGCAUGCGAACGAGCGAGAUGUGCAUUGCAGAGGGUGAGGUGAGGUGAAAUGGAAGAUGGACGGCGUGGAGUUGCCUGGGAGCCUGGCCUGGUUGGCGGGUGGCGCACGAGCCAGCCGUGGCGGCGGCGGUGGCUUUCGGGAAUUUACCUUAGUUUAGAUCGCUGCGAUGGCUUGGGCCUGCGCUAGCAACGGC